UUUAGUGUUACUCAUGCGCUUCUCAGCAUUAUCAGUUUUAUGUUAAUCGUAGAAUUGAAAAGUUGCUUUUAUUAAUAUUUAACUUCGAUAAAAUAAAAAAACUUUUAUUGCAGCCGAAUGAAUUAAGUAAGAUUUGAUCCGAACCAGAAAAUGCCAGAGAGAUUUAUAGUAUCUAAAGCGGAGGACGAUACAGAUCCCUACCCGGCUGAUGAAAAUGCAACUGGGAAACUUCUAAAUGACUUAAACGAUCCCUGCGAGAAUUCGCAGUCGGAGCCUGCUAAUGAGAAAUCUAACAUCGACGCAAAUUUAUACUUGUACGACGAUGAGUUGGACACCAGACCACACGUAUCAACGUUUAUUUCAUCGCUUGCCAAUUAUGAAAAUACCAUACCAUCCGCCACUGACCCGGAUUCAAAGACAGCUGCACCUGCAGCUCGCAUGGGUACGCUGAUUGGAGUUUUCCUGCCAUGCAUUCAGAAUAUAUUUGGUGUAAUCCUAUUUAUUCGUCUUACAUGGGUAGUUGGUACCGCUGGCGCGGUAUGCGGAUUUCUCAUAGUAUUAACUUGCUGUUGUGUGACCAUGUUAACAGCAAUCUCGAUGUCAGCAAUCGCAACAAAUGGAGUAGUGCCCGCAGGAGGAAGUUAUUUUAUGAUUUCGAGAUCGCUAGGACCAGAAUUUGGAGGAGCGGUGGGAAUGUUGUUUUAUACAGGAACGACACUGGCUGCUGCUAUGUACAUUGUGGGCGCUGUGGAGAUUGUAUUGACAUACAUGGCUCCAUGGGCCUCAAUAUUUGGCGAUUUCACCAAAGAUGCGGAUGCAAUGUAUAAUAACUUUAGAGUAUACGGCACAUUGCUCCUAUUGAUUAUGGGAUUAAUCGUGUUUUUGGGUGUAAAGUUCGUAAAUAAAUUUGCCGCAGUCGCCUUGGCGUGUGUAAUAUUCUCUAUAAUUGCUGUUUACGUUGGAAUAUUCGACAAUAUUAAUGGGAGUGAAAAACUUUACCUGUGCGUUCUUGGAAAGCGUUUGCUCAAAGACAUUCCCAUUGAUAAUUGUACUAAAAGUGAUACGUUCUUGUCGGACAUGUUUUGUGAUGAAAACGGAUGCGAUGAAUAUUAUAAAAAUAAUAACGUUACAAAAGUAAAAGGUAUCAAGGGUCUUGCCAGUGGAGUAUUCUAUGAGAAUGUUUUACCAUCGUUUUUAGAAAAAGGCCAAUUAAUUGCUUAUGGGAAAAAUACGGUGGAUAUUGAAAAUUUGGCGCCAUCUACAUAUAAUCAAGUCGUAGCUGAUAUUACAACGUCUUUCACAUUGCUAAUAGGAAUAUUCUUCCCGUCAGUAACAGGAAUAAUGGCGGGAUCAAAUAGGUCUGGUGAUUUAGCUGACGCUCAAAAAAGUAUUCCGAUUGGAACUAUUUGUGCAAUUCUAACAACGAGCACCGUGUAUUUAUCUAGUGUUUUGUUAUUUGCGGGAACAGUCGAUAAUCUUCUCUUACGUGACAAAUUUGGCCAAUCCAUCGGUGGAAAGCUAGUAGUGGCAAACAUUGCAUGGCCAAACCAAUGGGUUAUACUUGUCGGCUCAUUUUUAUCAACACUUGGUGCUGGGCUACAAAGCUUGACUGGUGCACCACGCUUACUGCAGGCCAUAGCAAAAGACGAAAUUAUUCCAUUUUUAUCCCCAUUUGCGGUAUCUUCGAAACGUGGUGAACCUACAAGAGCUUUACUUCUCACGAUUGUUAUAUGCCAGGGCGGAAUUCUAUUGGGCAAUGUUGAUCUGUUGGCACCCUUAUUAUCCAUGUUCUUCCUCAUGUGUUAUGGAUUCGUGAAUCUUGCAUGUGCUGUACAGACACUGUUGAGAACACCUAACUGGAGGCCACGAUUUAAGUUCUAUCAUUGGGGAUUGUCUUUAGUUGGAUUAACUUUGUGUAUAUCAAUAAUGUUUAUGACUUCAUGGUACUUUGCUUUAAUUGCGAUGGGAAUGGCCAUUGUGAUUUACAAAUAUAUCGAAUAUCGUGGGGCUGAAAAAGAGUGGGGAGAUGGAAUCAGAGGAAUGGCGUUGACAGCUGCUAGAUACUCACUUUUACGCUUGGAAGAGGGUCCCCCACAUACCAAAAAUUGGCGUCCACAAAUAUUAGUCCUAUCAAAGUUUAACGACAACUUCAUGCCAAAAUAUAGGAAAAUAUUUUCGUUUGCCACUCAACUUAAAGCCGGAAAGGGUUUAACAAUAUGCGUAUCCGUUAUUCAAGGCGAUCAUCAUAAAAUUUUGAACAGAGCGGUUGACGCUAAGGCAUCAUUGAGAAAAUUAAUGGACGACGAGAAAGUUAAAGGCUUCUGUGAUGUAUUGGUAUCUCGAGAUAUAGGCGAAGGAUUAAGUUCAGUAAUUCAGACCAUAGGCCUCGGAGGUAUGAAACCAAAUACUGUUAUAAUUGGUUGGCCCUACAGUUGGCGACAAGAAGGCAAACAAAGCUGGAAAACUUUUAUACAAACCGUUCGAACAGUAGCUGCAUGCCAUAUGGCACUUUUGGUUCCAAAGGGUAUCAACUUUUUCCCUGAAUCUAACCACAAAAUCGGUGGCAAUAUUGACAUUUGGUGGAUAGUACAUGAUGGAGGUCUCCUAAUGCUAUUGCCUUUCCUGCUGAAACAGCAUCGUACUUGGAGAAAUUGCAAAUUAAGAAUUUUCACUGUAGCUCAAAUGGAAGACAAUUCAAUUCAGAUGAAAAAAGACUUGAAAACUUUUCUGUACCAUUUACGAAUUGAGGCGGAUGUAGAAGUGGUGGAGAUGAUGAAUAGCGAUAUAUCCGCCUAUACAUACGAGAGGACAUUGAUGAUGGAACAGCGAAACCAAAUGUUAAGAGAGCUUCGUUUAAAUAAGAAAGAAAACUCUAAAAUAGUACAGACUCUAGUGGAUUUUAAGGAAACCACCGGGGAUGAUAAGUUACCUUUGGUAAAGGCUAAGAGCAAAAAUUAAAUUAUUUCGAAUUUCAUGUGUUAUUUUUCUCCAUCACCUUCAUACAUCAUUCUUAAAUACAAAGAUAAUUGUGCUUUCGAAUAUGCGAAUAUAUGUACAUAUGGGUCAUUCCAUACAGUAUCUACACCUCAAUAUUCAUGUAGAUGUUUAAUACAACUAUUGCGCAGAACGCAACACUCUUCUUCUCUUUUUAAUUUAAAAGUAGUAAAAAAACUUCGGCAAUUUGCCGAUUUUUUGUAUGGUCGUCAAUUCUUUUUGAAUGUUGUCAGGCUAGUAGGUGGUAAACUCGAUUUGCGGCGCUCAGGGGGUUUGGAGAAAAGAGGUAGCUCGGUCCUUUCCAACUCAGUAGAGCAGUAAUUUCAAGGCCUAAACUAAACUUUGUUCAAACCAGGGCUUCGGAGCAAAGGAUUUUUACAUCGCUACUAUCUAGCUCCGCCCCGAUAUUUGAUUUCGCUCCGAGCUCCGCUCGCGCUCCCAAUAUAUUUUUUAUUUAUUCAUUUAAUUACUUAUCGAGUCCUAACCGAGAUAGAUUAACCGAGAUUUUUUAAAAUUUUAUUUUUAAUGCAGAUAUGCAUAUACUUAUUCUAAAAGCAUUUCUGUAUCCAAAGAAAAA